UUGGGGCAAGUUUGAGCGCUGUCCUAAAACAGAGGUUAAGUCAUGACUGUAUUUUCUGAAUCCUUUGAUGUAGGGUUGGUAAGACAUCUCUUCUGAACCGGUAUAUCAAUAACAGAUUCACUCAGGAGUACCGUACCACCCUGGGAGCAAGCAUCCUUCCAAAAGAGAUCAGAGUGGACAAUACAUUAGUGAAGCUACAGAUCUGGGACACUGGAGGUCAGGAACGUUUUAAGUCACUGGUGCCCUCCUUCUCUAAAGGUUCAGAUGGCUGUGUCCUCGUUUUUGAUGUGACUGAUCGAGACUCUCUAUAUGGUCUGGAAGGCUGGAGGAAAGAGAUUUUGUUGCAAAUUCCUUUAGAAUAUAAAGAUUACCCUUUUGUUGUUCUGGGCAAUAAAGUUGAUCUAACAGAGAGGCAGGUAAGUCGUUACAAAACCUUGCAAUGGUAG